AUGAAAACCAUAAAGAUUGCUAUACAAAAGGAUGUGUUCUUUUGUUAAAGAGAAUUAAAUCGAUUUGAAGAUUUACAACAAGAAUAUCAAUUAUUGUGUUAAUCAUAUUAAAAUAAAGAUGAAUUAACAUUCUAGUAAUAUAUAAUUCAAUAGAAUUAGUUAUGUUGAUGAAGAAGGAGAUAAAGUUGUUAUUUCUAAUGAUUAUGAUUUGGAAGAUUUCAAGAAAUAAGAUCCUAAGUUUUAAAAAAUAAGAGUUGACAUUAGAGAUAGAAAUAAUUAGAGAGAAAAAAUAUAUAAUAAAGAAUUAACUAAAGAUGCAAUGAAACAAAAGAUUAUGCAACUUUUACAAUAAUAUUGA